GCAGCAACGUCAGCAGGAGCAGCAGCUCAAUAGCGGUUGGUGCGUGACUGGAUCUUUUGCCUGUCCGUCUUGUGGGUUUGUCCAAUGGAGUCCGCAUCUGCGGCGCCAGCGCCGCACCACUGUCCCGCUCCACAACCGCCUCAGAGCGCCACAUCUCCCUGUUCAUCGCUCCUCCGCCGCAUUUUUGUCAUCCACGCCGCUGCUCUCGUCGUUUUUUCUGACGGCUUUUCCCUCUCGCCAACGCUGACCCGACACCCGCCGCCCCAUCUCUCCCCAGCUGCCAGGCGCAGCGGCCUCCUAUCCCGGCUCCGCGCCAGUCCGCCUGAAACGGCCAUUUCGUCAGCUGAGCGGGGCACGACUCGCCCAACGGUGCCUGUGGCUGAUGCGGAUGGAAGCGAGGAAGAUGCCAUUGUGGCGGGUGAGGUGCUGGGCGGCGAGGGGGAUGAGAUGUCUGUUGAGAGGCUGACUGAGGUGCGCGGGAGGAUAUCAACGAUUCAGCGACAGCUCAAGAAAGCCGUCCAGACGGAGAAUUUCUACAAGGUAAAGGGAGGGAGCCAGUCAGAUGGACACACAACCUUGGAAUGGGUUACGCAUGACGCCGCAUGGGCCUGUGCAGGCCGCGUCCCUCAAGAAAGAGCUCGAGAGGUGGCAAUCGCAAGACCCUCAGCUGCAGCUCGAGGAAGCGCUCAGCGCAGCCGUCGAAAGCAAAGACUUCCUCUCGGCCGCCCGCAUCCGCGACCAGCGCGACGAGUUUCUAAGACGGUGCCCCAUACCCCAGAUCAAGACCAACCGGCUGCUCGUGCUGACAAAGGACGCCGACAUCGUCACGAUGGAUCCGUCGAGUGAGGAGGUGAGGGUCUUGUCAAGCAAGCUGAAGAGCUACAAGUCUGGCGCCAGGUGGGUGUGCCAGUGGCCGACCUGGUCGCAUGACGGCACCAAGGUGGCGUGCACGGCGGCGCUUGUGGAGCCCACUAGGGCGGCCAUGGGGGCAUCGCCCAUCAGUAAGACAGACACAGAACAUCCAUCCUUCCUCUCUUCGUCGGCAGACGUACGGGCGUGUGUCGCCUAUUGUGUGUGGGUGUGUAGUUGAGAUGCGUUUGGUGGUGUUUGACGAGGAGAGUGGCGAGGUGAUUCAGUCGGUUGAGGUGAGCCAACCGCCCUACUGCUACCUCUGGUCGACCGACAACACUCACCUCAUCUACCUCUCAAACACCGACGACGACAAGGGAGCCGCACCCAUCGUAAACAAGCACAGCCAGACAGACAGACAGACUUUAUGGUGGUGUCAUCUCUCUCUCUCUCUCUCUGUGUGUGUGUGUGUGUGUGUGUGUGUGACGGAUGCAGCCACUGGUUCAGUUGGUGGCUGUUGACAUAUCCAAGCCUGACGGGAGCGUCACCCUGCGGACACUCGACAAGUAAGUACCUGCGCAGCUGACUCCUCAAUCGCCAGACAGCCGAGACCCAUACGCACCUGUGUGGUGUGAGUGUGCAGGGGGCGUCCACUCUUCUUCGCUUCGAGCAAACUGGACCGCCGGCACCCGAAGCUCAUCGUGAACAACUGGUUGGCCGGGAGGCUGCGAGUGCUCAAGGACGAAGGCAAAUGGGCGUCUGGCGAGGGCCGGUGGGAAUCACUCACGGACGGGCCGGGCAAAAUCGCGAAAUUCGCAGCCCCAAAGGCGCACACAGGUGGGUAGGGUAGAUGUGUGGGCGCGCCACGCAUGAGUGGAUCGCUCCCUCUCACCGUGUGUGUCGUUGGUGUGGGUUGCAGCUGGGAAUAUGGACGGCAUCGUUGCCGUCGAAAACGACUGGCUCAUUUCCGUUUCGCUUGAUGGUGCGCGACGAUCGAUGCGCCAUUGUCCAAUUGCCCGUCUGCCUGUUUACCUGGCUGCCUGGCUGCGUGCAGGGAAGCAUCGGAAGCGCAUCAUGCCCAUCAGCAGCUCUGUGGCCAUGCAGGUGUCGCCCGACAACCAACGCGUGGCGCUGCUCGAACAGCAGACCGGCAGCUGCAGAGUCAUCGUCAUCGAGGUCAGCCAGCCAGCCAGCCAGCCACAAACAAUGGCAUGCGAUGGCCGGCCAACGUACUUGUGUGUGUGGUUCCGUCAGGGUGAGCACGACUGGCUGGACCCCCGCAACCCUGAUGCCAAGGUCAGCAGCUUCGACCUGCCGAUAGGCCACAUCACUGCGGCAUUCUGGUUCAGGUACACACAAACACACACACACACACACACCAUACCGUCUGUAUGUUUGCGUUUCUCUCUUUGUGCGACAGCCCCGACAGCAAGAAGCUCUUGUGUUUCUCGACCAACCUAAGCAAGCCCGCCCUCUCCUCGAUCUCACAGCUCGACCCCAGGAUGCAGCCAUUCGCCGUGCAGGGACAAGUCAAGACCUUCUGGCAAGUCUACCACCUGGAUGGCCACACCGCCGAUGACAUCCCCAACCCCCCUCAGCAACCAACAGACGACAAAGCCGUCAGUGCGGCUGGAUUCCGGUCGACCGACAGCAGUGGCAACCGCUUCACGUUUGGCUUUCAGGGGGGCCCCAAGUCUGACCAGCCCGAAGGCAACCCCGCCAGUCGGCUGACCAAGCUCUUCGGCGAGAACAUGGGUGUGUUUCUGAGCUCGCCUGACGGGACGAUAUCCGGUGUGAAGACGGGCGGGUCGCUGCCCGAUUUGGUGACGCCAAUCACGCCCCACAGCAGGGUGGUCAGAGCGGAGGGCCGGAAAGAGCCGCUCAAGGUGCAGUAUUGCCAGGAGUUCGUGCCGAAGAGCACAUACCUGAAUGUAAGGCAGAGACAAAGGGAGUGAGGGGAGAGGCCUCAGGACAACCAUCUGGGUGUCAUUCAUCAUAUGAUGUGUCUGUUGUGUUUGUGUGUGUGUGUGUGUUUAUGGUGUCCUGCAGCUGUUCCUGCCCUUCUUCGACCAAUACGCGCUGUCGAUGACGCCAUGGAGCCCUGACUCACAGGCGUUCUGCUACGUGACCAACGACGGGCCCUACAUCCAGUACCUCACAGACGACGCCGACCCUUCACGGACACCCCCGGCAGAGAAGCUCGUGGCGAGGGGCGACCACUUCCCACCAUCCCUCUCAUACACACCGCCCAUGGCCUCGCCCUUCGAGAGCUCCACCAGCCAGGAGGGCAGCAGCGAAGGCGACGACAACCGCCUGGAAGGAGCGGACCUGGUCGCCUGGAGCUGGUGCUAAUGGAUGCUGGAUGGAUGUAUGGAUGGAUGGGGGGAGUGAUGGGAUUCACACCGGCGAUGAGGGUGCGUACUGCUCAGGACGGAGGGAGGGCUUUAGUGACAGUAGGUGAUGGUGGGGACUCAUCAUCAAUGGUACAAGUAGCCAGCCAGCCAGCCGGCCAGCCUUGCAGCCAGUCAUGUCGAGAGCGUUGGAGAGAUGGAAUGAGCGGAAUGAAGUUUUUUCUUCUUUUGCCGCUGAUUGUGGCAGACAGACAGACAGAGAGAGAGAGAGAGAGAUAACAUUGUGGAUCGCCGUGGGCGCUUCCGCUUCCGCUUCCACUCACCGACCGAGUGCACAGACAGACAGUGUCCUUCUUUCUUCCGUGCACGUCAGACUGCAAUUUGAAGCCUAGGCAGCCAACGAACGAGUUGUUAAGUCGUCACGUGUGCCCUGCCUGCCUUGUAGGGCCUUGUGGGCAUGCGUAUCAAUGAGUCCCCUCUCUGCUCUCUCUUGAGGUGUGGCUGGCUGGCUGGCUCUUCGUUUCCUGCAGCCACUCGCUCAGUCGCUUCCCGCGUACCCACCUACUUGUACAGACAGACAUGUUUGUUCGUCAAUGUGUGUGUGGUGAGCCGUGGCUUUGUGUGUAGAGAGAGGCCCCGAUCUCUUGCUCAGCGGCCGCAGGCCUUCCCGCCCAUCGAAUGAUUGGGAGGGGGAGCAGCGCCUCGUUGGAUAUCAAUUUUGGCCGGGAGGCGGGUGGGCGGAUGUGUGGGUUGUCGGGGGUUUAUAGAGGGCUCUUUGUCCUUCACAGAAGUGUCCUUUCCUGACGUCGCUGUCUCUCCCUCUUCCUUCCUCGUCUCUCUCUUUCACCCUUCUAGACUCUGACUCUCGCCCACUUGGUGGCGUCGGUGUGGGCUGCAUCGGCCGAUGGAUUCGGUUGCUCGACUGUUCGUUCGUAUGUGAAUCGAAUUGCUUCCAGCGCAAA